AUGAGGAGGGAGAACCAGAGUGGCAUGUCUGAGUUCCUCCUCCUGGGUCUCCCCAUCCAGCCAGAGCAGCAGGCUGUGUUCUUUGCCCUGUUCCUGGGCAAGUACCUGACCACAGUGCUGGGGAACCUGCUCAUCAUCCUGCUCAUCAGGCAGGACCCUCACCUCCACACCCCCAUGUACUUCUUCGUCAGCCACUUGGCCUUCUCUGAUGUCUCUUUCUCAUGUGUAACCCUCCCAAAAAUGCUCCUAAAUAUGCAGACGCAGCAACAAUCCAUCUCCUAUGGGUGGUGCAUUACUCAGAUGUAUUUUUUCUUAUUUUUCAUUUGUCUUGACAAUUUGCUUCUUGCGGUGAUGGCCUGUGACAGGUAUGUGGCCAUUUGUCAGCUUCUCCACUACAGAACCAUCAUGAGAGAUGGCUUUUGUGUCUUACUGGUAGUUGGAUCCUGGUUCUUCUCUUGUGUCCACGCACUGUUGCACACUCUUCUUCUGUCCCGCCUCAUGAGGAGGGAGAACCAGAGCCACGUGUCUGAGUUCCUCCUCUUGGGGCUCCCCAUCCAUCCAGAGCAGCAGGGCCUGUUCUUUGCCCUGUUUCUGGGCAUGUACCUGACCACAGUGCUGGGGAACCUGCUCAUCAUCAUACUCAUCAGGCUGGACCCUCGCCUCCACACCCCCAUGUACUUCUUCCUCAGCCACUUGGCCCUCACAGAUGUCUCCUUUUCAUCAGCCACUGUCCCUAAGAUGCUGAUGUACAUGCACACUCAUGAUCAAUCCAUCCCCUAUGCAGGGUGCAUUUCCCAGAUGUAUUUUUUCUUACUUUUUGGUUGUCUUGACAAUUUCCUUCUUGCAGUGAUGGCCUAUGACAGAUAUGUGGCCAUUUGUCAGCCCCUCCAUUACACCACUGUCAUGAGACAGGAACUGUGUGUCUCCUUAGUAGCUGGGUCCUGGUUUCUCUGUUCUACCCUUGCCCUGUUGCACACCCUCCUCUUGGUCCAGCUGUCCUUCUGUGUGGACAAUACCAUCCCCCAUUUCUUCUGUGACCUCACUACCCUCCUGAAGUUGAGCUGUUCAGACACCUCCAUCAAUGAGCUAGUCAUCUUUAUUGUGGGAGGAAUACUUUUCAUCCUGCCUUUGAGUAGUAUCUUGGGCUCUUAUAUUCAUAUCGGGACUGCAGUUCUGAGUGUCUCUUUUACCAAGAGUCUCUUUAAAGUUUUUUCCACCUGUGGCUCCCACCUCUUCGUGGUGUCUUUAUAUUAUGGGACAAUUGCUAGUGUUCACUUUUUCUCCUCAUCAUGGGAAUCUAAUGACAAAGACAUAAUUGCUUCCUUUGUGUAUGCAGUAGUUACACCCAUGCUGAACCCCUUCAUCUACAGCCUCAGGAACAGAGACAUAAAACAAGCCUUUGAGAUAUUUGUCAAUAGGGCUAACUUCUUGAAGUGA